UACGAAAGGCUGCAACGCCGAGUAGCCAAACAAUUAAUCAAUACACGACGAAGUACGCCGUCACAGUCGACAAGCGGCGAAUCAGCCGUCGGCCGCGAGUCCGCGUCGCUCAAACUACCGGAGGUUCGCAUACCUACAUUUGAUGGCGCCUUCGAAGAUUGGCAGUCGUUUCACGAUGCCUUCUCAUCAGCGAUAGAUAGAAAUGAAAAUUUAGCACCGGUUCAGAAAUUUCAUCAUCUCCGAACAGCCCUGACUGGCUGGGCCGCGCGAAGCAUACAGUCAUUACCCAUCACCGACGCAAAUUACGCAAUCGCCAUGGACGCUCUUAGGGAAAAAUUCGACUGCCACCGUCAGAUCUGCAUGCGUCACUGGGAUUUGCUUUUCGACUAUCCCAAAAUAACUAAAGAAACACCCGAAGCUAUAGACGAUCUUAUCGAGACAGUCAAAGUACAUCUCCAAGCGUUAGAAAGACUCGGGGACCCAGUCACGUCAAACGCCAUUCUCAUAAAGCUUGUCACGUCGAAGUUACCCUCAGCCGUUGUUCGCGAAUGGCAACAUACCCUACCGGACAAGAAAUUGCCGCCAUAUACGCAUUUAGUAGAUUUUCUAAAAAUACGGACUCAUCGACCCCACUCCCUUUUGAACCAUUGCAACACGACUUGUUAGUCACAGCGCAGAAAUGUUCGGUCCCAAUCGGAGCACUCAACACGUUAUCGACGACCUCGAAACGCUACAUCACGGUCACGAUCACCUCUAUUGACGGCACAUACGAACGCAACUUGACGUUUCUGAUCAUACCGACUAUCGCGUCUUGGGUCCCAAACCAACCCGUAGAUCGCUCAACGAUACAGAUACCUAGGAAUCUCCAAUUAGCCGAUCCAAGAUUCCAUAGACCUGCUCCGAUCGAAAUAUUGUUGAGCGCCGGACCAACACUAGCAUCACUCUGUGUCGGCCAACUUGAUAUCAGUCAAGCAAACGGGCCCGACUUGCGUCUGCAAAAGACGAGAUUCGGAUGGGUCAUCGGGGGGAGCCCAACCUCACAAUCAUUAGCAUACGCAUUUCACACCUCCACGACGGCUUUACAGGCGGACCUCGCCCGUUUUUGGGAAAUCGACGAGGGACCGCCCACCGCACGAAUUUCGGAAUCGGAACGACAGUGCGAGGAGCACUUUCGAAAUCACGUUCAACGCAAUAACGAAGGGCGAUACGUUGUCGCUCUCCCAUUCAACGAAACAACUCCUCCGCUUGGAUCUUCGAAAGCCAUGGCAAUGAAGCGACUCACUUCCCUCUGCCGUCGAUUCCAACGAGACAAACAAUUCGAAGCCGACUAUCACGCCGUAAUACAAGAAUACUUGGAAUUAGGACAUAUGACGAAGAUCACCACGGACCACUGCACGGACGACGGAUAUUUUCUGCCACAUCACGGCGUGAUCAAAGAAUCCAGCCAGACUACAAAACUCCGAGUUGUGUUUGACGGAUCUGCACCAACCACCACCGGAGUUUCAUUAAACAACGUACUUCAUACGGGACCGAAACUACAAGACGACAUAUUUCUUAUCCUUUUAAGAUUUCGUUUUCAUCAGUAUGUCAUUACAGGCGAUGUCGAAAAGAUGUAUCGACAAUUUCUUGUGCGUCCAGAGGAUCGGAAAUUCCAACAAAUCUUGUGGCGCAACUCGGACGGAGAAGUGGACAUCUAUCAACUUAACACAGUGACAUUCGGGCUGUCAGCGGCCCCCUAUCUAGCCAUUCGGUGCCUCAAACAACUGGCAGACGACGAGGGACAUCGAUACCCACGAGCAGCGAUGGUCUUACAGCGAGACUUCUACGUCGACGAUGUUCUCACAGGAGCCGAUACAAAGAACGAGGCACAAAUACUGAGAACGGAGCUCAUAGAAUUGCUUAAACUAGCCGGCUUAAACAUCCGAAAAUGGGCAGCGAACGACCGGGAACUGCUACGAGGACUUUCCGAGCAGGACAUAAACGAUAAGCUGCUACUAGGCGAAUCGCAAACUUUCAAAACUCUGGGUGUUGUUUGGAAUUCCUUUGACGAUUCGAUCCUAUAUUCCGUCAAAAUCAAUCCUACCGCCUCUCGAAUUACGAAGAGAACAAUCAGCUCCGAAAUUGCCAAGAUCUACGACCCUCUUGGAUUACUGGCACCAGUGAUCGUUCGCGCUAAGAUGUUGCUCCAACGACUUUGGAUUUUAAAACUUGACUGGGACGAAUCUCUUCCGGCUGACGUACACACAGAAUGGAGCAAAUAUUAUUCACAGCUACCUUUGCUAAAUAACGUGAAGUUUCCACGUAAAACUAUAAUCAAGACUGCAGCGGAAAUCGAAUUACACGGAUUCUGCGACGCCAGCGAAAGGGCGUAUGGGGCAUGCGUCUACCUUCGCACCAUCGCUCCGGAUGGUCAUGUUUGGACACGACUCCUCACUGCAAGGUCAAAGGUGGCUCCACUCAAAUCACAAACCAUUCCAAGGCUGGAACUGAGUGGAGCACUUCUUCUCGCAUCAUUGGCCACUACAGUCCUUCAAGCGUUACCAAGCAACAUUUCUCAGACCGUUUACUGGACUGAUUCUACAAUCGUUCUACACUGGAUUAAUACCUCACACGCUGAAAACCUUCGUCGCCAAUCGUGUGACAGAGAUUCAACAAAAGACUCACACCUCAGAUUGGCGCCACAUUCCCACUACCGAUAACCCUGCCGAUCUCAUAUCUCGAGGCCAAUCACCCCAAGACUUCCUGCGAUCUACCAUUUGGCAACAUGGACCAGAAUGGCUCCAACAACCUGAAAAAUACUGGCCGUCGUGGAACCCAGUACCAUUAGUUGAAAUACCAGAGCAAAAGAAGGCAACAUGUCUGUCCGUGACUCCGCCUGACCACAGUCUACUGGAGAGAUAUUCUUCUUGGCCCAAGCUGAUAAGAAUUGCCGCUCGUUGCCUCAGAUGGAGGCAAAAACAGGAUCGGGGGGGGGGACCUCUAACCACACAUGAUUUAACCGAUGCGCAUAACAAAUUGGUCAAAUUGUUACAACUCUGUUAUUUUCCAGAUGAAAUACGUACUCUCCGCACAGAUCGAAAUGCUGCAGUGAAGGGGAAGCUGCAACGACUCAAUCCAUUUCUGGACAAGGACGAGAUAUUGCGAGUCGGAGGCCGACUCAGUCAUUCACCAAUGCCCUUCACUCAAAAACACCCAAUCAUUCUACCCAAAUCCUCAGUUACAGCACUCAUAAUCAAGCAUGAACACCUCCUAAAUCUCCACUCUGGAACUCAAGCUACCUUAUAUGCCCUAAGGAGAUCUUACUGGCCUAUCGACGGCCGUAGUCAAGUUUGGAGCACGCUGAAGAAGUGCGUACGUUGCUGCCGAGCCAAUCCACCUCCAGUAGAGUACGUAAUGGGCGACCUUCCAGCUGCACGGAUAACGAAAUCUCGUCCAUUUACUAAUGUCGGAAUCGAUUAUUGCGGACCGUUCUACAUCAAGGAACGAAAGGAUCG